GGCAACAAGAGGUAGACAGCUGCUGCUUUUCUCAAACGAAAAAUCUGCCUUCUCCACCGUCAUCUUCUUCAUCACAUACAACACAAACACACACACACAUAUAUAUAUACAUACAUAGAUUCGCACCGCAAUCGUUUUCUUGUAUCUGUGAGAUUGCGUUAUUCCUGAUCUAUUUUCCCAUCUGCCCAAUUCAGUCCGUGUCUUUGUCGGAGAUUGAAAAUUUUCCGGUGAAUUCAAAGAUUUCUGAGUAAUGGAACAAGGUGAUAAGCCGAUGAUAAGCUUGAGACCCGGCGGCGGAGGCGCAGGCAGGCUCUUCGGCCCUCGUCUCGGUUUCUCUUCUUCUUCUUCGUCGUCCUCUGUUGCUGCUUCCAAUGGCCACGGCGUCGACGAUGCUCCUUCUUUUGCCCUUAAGAGAGGGGACUUGCGAUUUGAGGGUGGUGACUGUUUGCGUUACACCCGGGAACAGUUGCUUCAGCUCAGAGAGGUGAUGCAAAUCUCUGAUGAAAUUCUGAGACUCAAACAGGAAAUUGCAGCUGAGCUUUUCGGCGAAGAGCAAAGUUGGGGCCGAGCGGAAGCUAAGCCGGCUAAUCAAUCUCAGAAUCGUUACUCUGAGCCUGAUAAUCGUGACUGGCGUAGUCGUUCUCAGAUUUCUUCCUCUGGGGAAGACCUCCGCGAAACUAGAGAUGCUAAAACCGCAGGAUCAAACCAAGGGGGUGGACCUGCUCCUGCAUUGGUGAAAGCAGAGAUGCCAUGGUCAGCUAGAAGAGGAAGUCUUUCGGAAAAAGACCGGGUCCUUAAGAGCGUGAAAGGUAUUUUGAACAAGCUUACUCCUGAGAAGUACGACCUCCUUAAAGGUCAAUUGAUCGAGUCCGGCAUCACUUCUGCAGAUAUCCUAAAGGAAGUGAUACAACUGAUUUUCGAGAAGGCUGUGCUUGAACCCACUUUUUGCCAGAUGUAUUCUCUUCUGUGCUCUGAUAUCAACAACAAGCUCCCUUCAUUCCCACCCGAUGAACCCGAUGGGAAAGAAAUAACAUUCAAACGGGUCCUUUUAAAUAAUUGCCAAGAGGCUUUUGAGGGUGCUGACAAAUUGAGGGAAGAAGUCAGACAAAUGACUGAUCCAGGGCAAGAAUUGGAACGUAAGGAUAAGGAAAGACUGGUGAAGCUCCGAACUCUGGGAAAUAUCCGUCUGAUAGGAGAACUUCUGAAGCAGAAGAUGGUUCCUGAGAAAAUAGUUCAUCACAUUGUCCAGGAGCUUUUAGGACAUGACAGUAAAGCUUGUCCUGCCGAGGAAAAUGUAGAGGCUAUUUGCCAGUUUUUCAACACCAUUGGGAAGCAACUCGAUGAAAACCCUAGAUCGCGAGGUAUAAAUGACAGAUAUUUUCUCCGAUUGAAGGAACUAACGACACACCCUCAGUUAGCCCCACGUCUGAAAUUUAUGGUCCGUGAUGUUAUUGAUCUGCGAGCUAACAACUGGGUUCCAAGACGUGAGGAGGUUAAAGCCAAAAAGAUCACUGAAAUCCAUUCUGAGGCAGAGAAGAAUCUCGGGCUGCGUCCAGGUUCUACAGCAACUAUUAGAAACAAUCGUGGUGCUGUCUCUGGUGCAACUGGCGGUUCAGGAAACCUCAUUGGCCGUCCUGGUACUGGAGGAAUGAUGCCCGGAAUGCCAGGAACUAGAAUGAUGCCGGGAAUGCCUGGAACAGAUGACGACAACUGGGAGUUGCCGAGAUCACGCUCCAUGCCUAGAGGCAAAGUUCCACCACCGACUCUGCAACCUGGUGGGCGGGUUCAGUCUCCGUUCGUUAACAAGUCACUGUCAGUGAAUUCAAGGCUGCUGCCUCAAGGGAACAGCUCUCUCAUGAACGGUGGUAGGUCAAGUGCCCUUUUACAGGGUAACGGUUCAACCACCACUCGUUCUCCAGCUCCAGCUCCAGCUCCAGCUCCAGCUCCAGCUCCAGCUCCAGCUCCAGCUCCAGCUCCAGCUCCAGCUCCAGCUCCAGCCGUGGAGAAACCGCAACCACAGGCUCCAGUGGCGGCUACUAGCUUGAGUCCAGAUGAACUCAGAAGAAAAACCAUUUCCCUUCUCGAGGAGUUUUUCAGUGUCCGUAUCUUGGAUGAGGCGUUGCAAUGCGUCGAGGAACUGAAAUCUCCGUCCUACCAUCCAGAGCUUGCCAAAGAAGCCAUCUCACUCGGUCUGGAGAAAAACCCGCCAUGCGUUGAACCAGUGACCAAACUCCUGGGACAUCUGCUGGCGAAAAACGUCCUGACUCCCAAAGACUUGGGAACUGGUUGUCUGCUAUAUGGGUCAAUGUUGGAUGACAUCGGUAUCGAUCUGCCAAAAGCUCCAAACAACUUUGGAGAAAUUCUUGGGAGGUUGAUCUUAGCCAAAGGUACGGAUUUCGAGCUGGUGAAGGAGAUUCUGAAGAAGAUGGAGGAUGAUUUCUUCAGGAAGGCUGUGUUCGAGGCAGUGUUAAGGAAUGUGAAGGAGAACGAAUUGGGACAAUCUCUGUUGGAUUCGCAGGCGACAGAGUUGGAGGCUUGUCGUAAUCUCUGCGUCUGAGUUCAUCAUCUUCUUCUUCUUGAAGUAAUGGCGGUGUUUUUGUCGGAAACAGGUAACAGAGUUUUUUUUUUCUGAAGUGGUUUUGGAACCAAAGUCGUUAAUGACUUCUUUGAAUACCCAGAAAUCAUUUUAUAGCUUUUUUUUUCUACUUUUCUGGAGACGAAAUUCAAUACCCUUUGAGAAAACUUUUCAAGUUUUGUUCUUUUUUAUUAUUAUUAUUAUCUUGAAUUUGUUGA